GGACUCUCAACCACUGCACCACCAGGGAAGCCCGGGAAGUAAGGCUCAAAGGAAGGAUUGGUAGGAUUCAUAACAGCCAGGAAGGACCUGGGAACUUGCGUGGUGUGAUGGAAGCCAUGAAAAAUUCUUGAGCAGGGGACAGAGCAUCACAUGGUACCUUAGGGAGAAGACUCCGGCUGCCUGUGCACACUAGAUUGUGUGUGUAGGGGUGGGAGACUGAGGCAGGGCCACCAGGCAGAAGGGUGCUGAUUCUAAAGAUGCAGCCCUUGCCAAUCACCCGGGGACUCCUGCGUCCUCCCUGGGUCAUAACUUAGAAGACACCAACCCCUGAGGUAUACAGAUGAGGAAACAGGCCUAGAAAGGAGUGCUAGAGUCCAAACCUCCCACCUCCCAGCCCAUCUUUUGGACACGCCUGGCUGCCCUCCCCUCUCUAUAACAUUGUCCUCCCCCCCGCCCUGGGUGCCCCAGCAGCUGCUGCACCUUAGGUGGGUCUGCUGUAAUCCUCUUCCCUUCCUCCCCCGGGGAGGAUGAGCUGGUGUUAAGACUAAUGCAGCUGUUAAUCCUAUUUCCUCCCAGCCGUGAUCUGCGGGAGCAGCUGGGUGGAGGCUGUCUGGGCUCUGAGCAGAGAAAGAAGGGGCCGUAGCUAGAGUGGGUGUUCCAGGAGGCCAGGCCAGAGAAGAUACAUUGAGUAUGAGACAGAGACUUCUAACUUCUGCUAGCAAUGGCUCAAGCUGCUUUGAGAGUAAUUGAACUUCCCAUUACCAGAGUUAUGGGAGCAAGAACCAAAGACCCAUUCCAGAGCAGAGGGUGGACCAGGAUUCCUAUCUGGGGUGGAGUACCUUACAGCUGUGCAAGGCCAGAAUUCUGUGUGAACAGUUGCUGCCUCUGAAAGCUAACCAACCAGAGGGGAAAGACAAAAUACAUACGCUGGGGACCUGUCCCUUCCAGACAGAUGGUGCCAAUCACCACAUUUAGCCCACUGGCUCUGCCUUCUUCUGGACCUACCUCUGUCUUUCCUGAGCACUUGGAGACCUUCAGGCCAGACCCACAUCUAGGUAGCCUCCGUGUCUGCAGCCUUGCACAAGGCUUGGAUUCUGAGCUGUAGAAGGAAGAUGGUGAGAUGGACAGAGCCUGGGCCUUCUGGGAAUGCCACAAGUUCCUCUGAGGUCACCUGGUCCAGCUCCUUUCAUCAGUGAACAGACCAGAGAGGAAACUUGAGCGCAGAGAGACAGGAAUGUUUGCGAGGAAGGAUGUGCAUCCCAGAGAAGCCCCGCCCAUCCAGGCCAUGGAGGUAGAGUCUUCGGAGGAGAGGUCCCCAGCCCCUGGCUACAAGCGCUCUGGCCGUCGCUAUAAGUGCCUGUCCUGUACCAAGACGUUUCCAAAUGCACCCCGGGCAGCACGCCAUGCUGCCACACAUGGGCCUGCAGACUGCACAGAGGAGGUGGCCGAGGCAAAGCUGAAGCCAGAGCCAGACCCCAAAGCAGAGGAUGCCAGCGGGGACAAGGUGUCAGGUGCAGCGGCGAAGCCUCGGCCGUAUGCGUGCCCGCUGUGCCCCAAGGCCUACAAAACGGCACCAGAGCUGCGCAGUCACGGGCGCAGCCACACGGGCGAGAAGCCCUUCCCUUGCCCCGAGUGCGGUCGCCGCUUCAUGCAGCCCGUGUGCCUGCGCGUGCACCUGGCCUCGCACGCCGGCGAGUUGCCCUUCCGCUGCGCGCACUGCCCCAAGGCCUAUGGCGCGCUCUCCAAGCUCAAGAUCCACCAGCGCGGUCACACCGGCGAGAGGCCCUACGCCUGCGCCGACUGUGGCAAGAGCUUUGCUGACCCCUCGGUGUUCCGCAAGCACCGGCGCACGCAUGCAGGCCUGCGGCCCUACAGCUGCGAGCGCUGCGGCAAGGCCUACGCGGAACUCAAGGACCUCCGUAACCACGAGCGGUCCCACACUGGCGAGCGCCCCUUCCUCUGCUCAGAGUGCGGGAAGAGCUUCUCCCGCUCGUCCUCGCUCACGUGCCACCAGCGCAUCCAUGCGGCGCAAAAGCCCUACCGCUGCCCGGCCUGUGGCAAGGGCUUCACGCAGCUCAGCUCCUACCAGAGCCACGAGCGUACGCACUCUGGCGAGAAGCCCUUCCUCUGCCCCCGCUGCGGCCGCAUGUUCUCCGACCCCUCGAGCUUCCGGCGCCACCAGCGGGCGCACGAGGGUGUGAAGCCCUACCGCUGCGAGAAGUGUGGCAAGGACUUCCGGCAGCCGGCCGACCUGGCCAUGCAUCGGCGGGUGCACACAGGCGACCGGCCGUUCAAGUGCCUGCAGUGUGACAAGACCUUCGUCGCGUCCUGGGACCUCAAGCGACACGCGCUGGUGCACUCCGGCCAGCGACCCUUCCGCUGCGAGGAGUGCGGCCGAGCCUUCGCCGAGCGGGCCAGCCUCACUAAGCACAGCCGGGUGCACUCGGGUGAGCGCCCCUUCCACUGCAACGCGUGCGGAAAGUCCUUCGUGGUCUCGUCAAGCCUGAGGAAGCACGAGCGGACCCAUCGCAGUAGCGAGGCCGCAGGGCCUCCCCCGCAGCAGGAGCUGGUGGUGGGGCUGGCGCUGCCGGUCAGCGUGGCAGGCGAGGGCUCAGCAGCCCCGGCAGCAGGGGCUGGGCUCGGGGACCCUGCAGCAGGGCUGCUGGGGCUGCCUCCGGAAUCGGGUGGUGUGAUGGCCACCCAGUGGCAAGUGGUGGGCAUGACGGUGGAGCACGUGGAGUGCCAAGAUGCUGGGGUUGGGGAGGCUCCUGGUCCCUUGGGGGGGGCAGGCGAAGUGGGGGGUGAGGAGGUGGACGAGAAACCACCACAGUUUGUAUGCCGGGAGUGCAAGGAGACGUUCUCCACGCUGACGUUGCUGCGACGGCACGAGCGCUCGCACCCAGAGCUCCGGCCCUUCCCCUGCACCCAGUGCGGCAAGAGCUUCUCAGACCGGGCUGGGCUGCGCAAGCACAGCCGCACCCACAGCUCUGUGCGCCCCUACACCUGCCCCCACUGCCCCAAGGCCUUCUUGAGUGCCAGCGACCUGCGCAAGCACGAACGUACCCACCCUGUGCCCAUCGGGACCCCCACGCCCCUCGAGCCCCUCGUGGCUUUGCUAGGAAUGCCUGAAGAGGGGCCAGCCUGAGUCCCAGGCCCCCUCUGCCACACUCCUGGGAGCUCCGCCCCUACAGGGUGCUUCCUGAACCUCCCUUUGCCUCAGCUCACUCUUAGACUCCAGAUCCAUCCCUUCACCCCAGGCAGCUAGCUCACCUUCCUGACAAAGAGCUGGGGACAGUGGAGGCUGGCAGCAGCCUCUGAGAGACAUGGCUCCCUCUGAGCACCACUCAUUAAAGCAUUCGCUUUGA